CUAACAACAACGUCCCCAAGUGGCCAACACCGGCAGUACUUAUAACCUGUUGACUGGAUGCUCGCGUUACCUCACACAGCCGUCAGCAUGGCUGCUACCUACUGGGUCUUUCCUCAACUGCUGAUAUGGCUCCUGGCUCUAGUCCAAGUCUGUCCAGGAGGCUACGUGGUGACGGCGCCGCAGCGAUGGUCUGGCGGGCUGGGCCAGGUGUGUGUGGUGGUCACAGACCCAGUGGCACCGUUUGGCCGCCUCUCCCUCACACUGACGGCUCCUGACCCAAACACCUCUCGUAACAUCACGCUCAAUAACCCUACCACAAUAGACAUCCCUCCAGGGAGGUGGUCGACUUGUGUGAAUGUGAGCGUGAAGGCUGAUGGUGCGUCCAACACAGGAGAGCUGAUGGUAGAGGGGCAGAUUAGUGGGGCGAGAGUGAAGCACGCCGCCUCCGUCACUUUCACCUCCACCCGCUACGUCACCUUCAUACAGACGGACAAGUACCUCUACCAGCCUGGUGACACCGUCCGCUUCAGGAUACUUACCGUCUUCGGUCCCUUCUUCAAGGUGUCGACACAGUGGUACCCGGUGGUGUGGCUGGAGGCGCCGUCUGGGACCCGUGUGGCGCAGUGGACACGUGUUGACAACACGGGCGGCCUCGUCCACUUGGUCUUCACCCUCGCUGACGAGCCCCAGCAGGGGCUGUACACUAUAUUUGUCAAGACAGAGGAAGCACAAGCACAGACAAACUUCAUGGUAGAGAAGUAUGUCCUGCCUCGCUUUGAGGUGACGGUGACGCCGCCCCGGUACCUGCUGGCCUCCGACGCCAGCCUCGCCCUCACUGUCUGCGCCAGGUACACCUUCGGGCAGCCUGUGCGGGGCGGCCUCAGGCUGGAGGUGACCAACGGGCUCUCCAGGAAGUGUCGGGCCAGCCUCGUCAAGACGGCUCCAAUACAAGGGUGCAGAGAGGUGGUGGUGAAGGCAGAGGAGCUGCUGCUGGAGGAGUGUGGAGCGUAUAGUGUGACGGGGGAGGCGACGGUGACGGAGGCCGGGACGGAGGUGACGGCGGUGGGCACCACCACUCUUGCCGUCUCGCGGUCACCAGUCGUCUUCACUACACGCUACAAAGACCAGUAUAUGAAGCCAAAUCUUCCCUUCACUGUCCAGGUGGCAGCAGAGUUGCCUGACGGGACGCCGGCUGCAGGAGUGAAGGUGGAGGCGUGUGCUGCCGGAGUGUGCACUAACUUGUCCGCGGCCCUGGAUGGCUCCAUCACACUCGUUCUGCCAUCAUACAAGGCUAACAGGAUCUUUAUGAAGACGUUAAUGUGCAGUGCCAGGACAGACUCUUCAGAGUACUGGGUGGACAUAGCGCACUACGUGUCUCCCUCCAACUCCUCCCUACUGAUACACGCCCCUGGCGGCCGUCUCCGCUGCCUCUCCGGCUCCAGCCUUACACACCAUCUCCCCGUCAUGUUCUCUGCCACUAACCUCACCCGCGCCUUCAUUAAUGUUCAGGUCGUAUCCCGCGGCCGGAUACAGUACUGGAAGACGGAAGAGUACGCUCUAGUGCCAGGUGUCCUGCCCAUCAGUGUGGCGCACCUGGUGGGCCCUCUGCUGCCCUCUCCCCCGCACACUGUGAGGGGGCUGCUACACCUGCCCAUCACACUCCCCUAUACCGCCUCGCCUAGAGUCAGUGUGUUGGUGUGGUACCGGAGGGAGGACGGGGAGGUGGUGGCGGACACCAGGCAGCUGGAGGUGGACAAGUGCCUUGCGAGCGGUGUCAACCUCGCCUGGUCGUCGGCUACGGCACAGCCACGAGACACCACCACACUCGCCAUCUCCUCGGCUCCACUCUCUCUCUGUAGCGUCGGUGUUGUGGACAGAAGCACGGAGCUGCUGGACAAAAGGGAUGAUACCAUCACCGUGGACAAAAUAUUUGAGCUCGUAAAUGACUACGAAGCCUAUCCGUGGGUCAUCGGUCAAGAUGACUGUAUAAAACAAGGGGACAUAAACACAGGUGCAAGGUUGAAACGGAUAAUCCCGAAUUCUAUUAGAUUUCCCAUCUGGCCCUUCCCAAGAGCCAGCAAGUAUGUUGACGCCCUCCAGAUGUUCCAGAUUGCUGGAUUGCAUGUCUUCUCAGAUCUGAAGCUGGUAGCCAGGCCCUGCGAAUACCAAGACGAUUACAUAAUCCCGUUUUAUGAUGGAGUCGCUAGGCUUGGAGGUGGCGGUGGUGCAGCGCCGGCCGCCCCCAGGACCCACUUCCCAGAGACGUGGCUCUUUGACAUCUUCCUUCUCCCGUCCUCUGGUAAGAGGGUGAAGGUGCUGGAGGUCCCGGACACCAUCACACAGUGGGUGGGGAAGGCUGUGUGCGUCACCCCGGGGAUGGACGUCGGACUCUCCCUACCAGCCAACCUUACGACAAUUAUGCCUUUCUUCUUAGACUUGACCAUCCCGCCCUCCGUCAAGCGUGGCGAGGUCCUCCCUGUAAAGAUCUCCGUUUUCAAUUACCUAAACAGAGCAUUACCGGUGCGGGUAAGGAUGGAGGAGAGUAGAGAAUACCAAGUAGUGGGUGGCGGCGUCCAGGAGGGCGUGUGUGUGGCCGCCCAGGACAUGGCCGUCGUCACCAUCAGGCUCAACAUGCUUGCCCUCGGUGACGUCAAAAUAAACGUGUCCGCACACGUAGACAACACUAUUCCUGGUUCCUGUGGCUCCAGGGAUACGCCCAUAAAAAGUGAUGCAGUAGUGAAGGCCAUCAAGGUGGACGCUGAAGGCUUCCCCAGAGAGAAGACUUGGACAUCUUACCUGUGUUCUCAAGGUAACAGUAGCGGGCGGCGGGAGGUGGCGUGGACGGUGGGUGCAGCAGAGGCGGCGGUGGUGGACGGGUCUGCCAGAGCCUGGGUCACCAUCGGGGGCCUCCUCGUCCUCUCGCUCCAGAACCUGGGUAACCUGGUCCGCCAGCCGUCUGGGUGCGGGGAACAGAAUAUGGUCAACUUUGCUCCCAACAUCUUCAUUCUCCAGUACCUUAAGGCCACCGGGCAGGACACGCCAGAGGUCACGGACAGACUUGUAAGAUUUAUGACUACAGGUUACCAGCGGGAGUUGUUGUACCUGCGUGACGACGGCUCCUUCAGCGUCUUCGGCAGAGCUGACGAGUCCGGCUCCACCUGGCUCACGGCUUUUGUGCUAAAGUCCUUCGCUCUGGCUAGACCCUUCAUACUGGUGGACGAGAAGGUCUUGAACAAGUCUCGCUCGUGGCUUGGGCGCGCGCAGGGUCCUGACGGCUGCUUCGUCCCUCUCGGCAUGGUCAUUCAUAAGGAAAUGAAGGGAGGUAUUGGUGGAAAAAACUCUUCUGUUCCUCUGACGGCGUAUGUAAUGAUAUCCCUGCUGGAGGCCGGCGAGGACCUCCACAGCCCGACUGUCUUGUCUGCUGCCGGGUGCUUGGCUGGCGACUCCUCUCUCUCGCCCUACACUCUAGCACUCAAGGCCUACGCUCUGACCUUGGCCCGCUUGCCUGCUGCACAGACUGCACUGCAAGAGAUCCUCGACCAAGCAGUUGUCACAAAGGAUUACAUCUACUGGGAGUUGCCAAGCAGUCGAGGGAGGAAUCUGGCGGUUGAGGUGGAGACUGCUGGUUACGUAGUCUUGAGUAUGAUGUCACUCUAUGCAGAGUGCUUCUUUCAACACUCUACUAAAAUCGUCCAAUGGCUAAUGGCACAGAGGAAUGGACAAGGCGGAUUCUUUUCUACUCAAGAUACAGUGGUCGCUCUACAGGCCCUUGCUAGCUACGAAUCUCGCCUGCGUCCUGGCCCCGUCAGUGUGGUAGGCAGAGUGAAGGCCAACCUUCUCUCUUACGACUUCGCAGUAAACGACUCUAACCAGCUGGUGGAGCAGCGGGUGACGCUGCCCAUCAUCCCUACCAACGUUAGCAUCACCGUAGACGGUCAUGGAUGUACCGUACUUCAGGCAGUGCUGAGGUACAAUGUUGCUCACCCUGCACCUAGUGACGUCUUCAACAUGACCAUCGUAACCGCGGCAGACUACGCUUCUGGCUGCGUUACUCAGAACAUCUCGGCCUGCGUGGCGUACGUCGCCUCAGACGCCGCCUCCGGCAUGGUGGUCGUAGAGGUGAACCUCGUCUCCGGCUAUGUUCCAGUCACGUCGUACUUGUCUCUCCUUAACACCGGUGUCAAGCGGUACGAGGCAGAGGGCAGUAGGGUAUCCUUCUACCUUGAGCAGGUGACGGCGAGGGCGAGGUGCGUGACGGUGGUGGCGAGGCGGGAGGUGGCGGUGGGGGGCGUGAAGCCCGCCACUGUGCUUCUCUAUGACUACUACAACCCACACUUCUCCCUCAGCCAGGAUUACCGCCUGAUUGCUGCCGAAGACUGCGAGUGAGGCGUUGUGCCCAACAUGGUUCACUUGUCAUCCAGAACGACGUUAAUGUGCAGUGUGAGGCGGAGGUGCUCGCAGCCUCGCCCACGCCACACUUCUCAUUAUUUACAUAAUCUGCCUGUAACGUGAUUCACUGACUGUAGCAAACGUGAGAAAUAUUGUAUUCAGAGUUUCGAAAAUCUGAGAAUGGAGUAAAGUUUAGGCAGCUUUUACUAGCCAAAUAUUCGACGACUGCAGGCUUGUAUAUAAUACUCUAAUAAUUUGCACCCGUUUGUACCACUGUUCUUCAAAUAAAAAUAACAAAUAA